AUGACCAGCGCUCAAUUUUCAAUAUGGGCUAGUGCUGGACUUGGCAAGUGGGACGGUAUCGCACUGCUUCUGAAGAAUUAUGCAUGUCCGUCUCCUGAAGACCUCAUUGAUCUCUCUCGCAAGCACCCUUCUGACGAGCGGCUGCACGACUGCUGUUUGAGAGUUGUAGCCGCGUCAGACAACCUGUUCAUUUCCGGCAUGACUUUGUCUGUGGCACGCGUGGAUGUGACGAAGAAAGCUCCAGAGGGAGAGAGGGGUACCCUUGAGGCCAUCCAGGGCCAUGUACAUGCCUUACUGCUUGAAAUUCUCGAACGCUUGCCUCAAACAGUCAAUGGUUUCAACGGAGGAAUGGCCGACUGCUCAGCCGUGUUAGGGCCAGAGUUCGACAGCAAAACGGGAGAAUCUACGGGCUUCAAGCCACCGCUGGCCCUGCUCCUCCUGGCGAACAGUAUUCAGACGGAAACGUUUUGCUCGACGCCCUUAAUCAUGGACUACUUGUCACGGAAAUUCACGCAUGGUCUGCCCGACGUGGGCGACAAGGACGGCGUGCUUCGGAAUGGCACAGAACAUGAUGUGCUGAGCGGCAGUGGGCCAGGCAUGAUGUCCCUGGUCAUUGGUGGUGGCGAUGACGAAGAACUGGACGAAAGAGGUUAUCACGAAUUCCGACACAAGGAUCUUCUGGUCAAGAAUGGCCUAAAGGCCAGCUUUGAAUCCCCUCGUGCGUUGCUUCAGGGAGCGAAUGAUAGGCUUGCCAGCCUGACGUUUCUUCCUGGGGCUCAAUUUGCGAUCGCAGGAUUUCUGGCGAAGCCUAACAACUACUAUCGAAUCCCCGCUGUGAGGAUGGUGCUAGACGUUGUGGUGUACCUCUUGGUGAUCAUUGCGUUGAGCAUCCUGGUCUUCCGCGACAGCGGGUCGCUGACACGGGGAGAGGGCAUCGCCGCGGCUGUUAUUUUCGCGAUGACGGCUCAGCUCGUGAGGUUCGGGAUUGUGAUGUUGGUUGUCAUGGUCGGAUUCGCCAUGUCCCUGCACGUGCUGAUUCGCGACUCCAAAAGCUUUGGUGAAACGUUUGUCGCACUAUUCAAAGCGACGCUUGGUGACGUGGACUACUUCACGGCGUCCUCUGUGCUCAACCUGCUGGUUGCGAUAUUGACCGUAUCGCACUCCAAGGUACAGGAGAACGUUCAACGGGAGUUCAAGGUUUCGAAGGCGCGCAUGAUCCAGCGAUGCCGAUGGACUGUAGAAAACGACUGGCUUCCUGCCCCGUUCAACGUGGCACAGCUACUUUUCUCGGGGCAAUACGCGUUGGUGAUGCCCAGCUUUCGGCGGAAACGGUAUGAUGAAGCAAAGCAAGCCAUUGGUCAGGCAGUGUCCUGGUUUGUGCUCGGUCUAAUGGCUUUUGUGGGGGGAUCGAUUCUCUGGAUAUUGUCGGUUGUGUACGCACUCUUUGUGUGGCAUGAGCACUACUACGUAGGGCUAGACACGCAUACUGCUCACGUUAUAAUACUUCAAACUGAGCCUGGGAGCAACGAUACUGCGGUAUAUCCUUAUCCCUGUGUGGUGCGUCUUGGAUGCUCCGUUGUGUCGUUUCCUGCUCGGGGUCAAGACGCUUCUACUCGGGCAAGUAGCGGGGGAGAUGGCAUGCUUAAGAGUGCCGAUCAGGGAGUAGGAAUGGCAAAAUUGCGCGAAUUCCUCGCCGACCCAAUGAACAACAGAGAUGUUCGUAAGGCCGGGACGACAAGGAGCACCACCGUGGAACACCUUAAACUUCUUAGGGACCGCCUAGUGAAAGACAUUGUAGGUAGGCUCUGCAGACUUUUGAGAAAAGGGAAGGCAUGGCCCAAACACUUGAUUGAGGCUUUCGAUCAGCGCUUGCAACAACUCGAAGCAAAGGUUGCCGAGACCAAUGAUUACCUAAUUGAAAUUUUGAAGUUCGUCAAGAACCCACGGUGA